GCGAGUUAUAUGUAAAAACUAGAUGCACAUUUCAUCAUUAAAUACUGUCGUACAUGUGAAUUUAAGUAGGCGCAAAUUUUUUUUUUUUUAAUCAUCAAAAAUAAAUUAAUCGCGUAAUAGAAAAUUUUCGAUGUUUUCGUUGUUUUCGUUGGUUAAAAAUUACUCAAUUAUCAAUAGGAAUAUUUUAUUGCGUCACAAUUGUUUUGUUACAAUUCGUUCCUUUUCAAACACUAAUACAUUUUAUAUCGAAGAAAAAAACAAAAUAACACAUAAGGACCAAAAGGAUGUAAUAUCACCAGCAUUAUACGCGUUUGCAGCGCGUAUGCAUCUUAAUUUUUCUGACCCCAAAAUAUUACUGCAAGCCGUUACGCAUAAAAGCUUCUCAGAUACUAAUUUAUCACCAAACAAACGCUUUAAAGAACUAGGGAAGUGCGCGAUAGAACUUUAUAUUACAGAAUAUUUUCAUAUGAAGUUUCCACUAUUGCACACAAACUACUUGGAAAAAAUAGUGAAUAUUUAUAAUGGGAUCGGUACUCUAUCAACAUUUGGUAGUGAAAUUGGAUUAAAGUAUGUUAUGAGGUGGUCUGAGUCGACAGAUUUAUAUAUUUCAUCUGCUAUUGAGGAUCAAUCAGGAUCUACAGAUGAAAAUAAUGUUCUAUACGAAUCACGCAAAAUUUCCAAUAAGAUUGGAUAUGUUAUGGCUCAGGCUGUACAGGCAAUUGUUGGAGCAUUAUAUUUGGACAAAGGGCCAAAUUCUGCACGAAAGUUUGUCCAAGAUUAUUUGCUAUCAAGAGAUUUGGAUAUUCAACAAGUAUAUGAUGUCAAAACACCAAAAAAAGAUUUAUCCGCGUUAAUGCGACGUCUAGGACGAGAGCCACCUAUUUCUAGAUUGUUAUUUGAAGCUGGCCGUUUAACGAAGGAACCCAUUUUUGUCAUCGGUGUAUAUUCGGAUACCGAAAAGCUAGCUGAAGGGUUUGGUAGUAACUUGAAGAUGGCGGAAUUCAGGGCUGCAAAGAAUGCUUUAGUAAAUUAUUAUUUUAAAGAAAUUAAAGAUUUUACACUACCAUCCGCUAUUGAUACGCAUCAAAAACAAAUGAGUUAUAUACCAACAAAAGUUUGCGAUACACCAGCAAGUUAAAAAAAAAUGUACACAGUUUACAUGAGUAUUUUUAACCUUUGAAUUUAUAAUUUAUUAUUUACUCUUAUAU